CGCACCGGAACCACUCCACUACGCUUCGAGCACUAGCUCGGAUGCUCGGAGCAUCCGAUACUGCUGUCCAGCCCAGUGCAUCCGUCACGCGACGCCAUGCCGCUCCCGGCGCCGGCGGUGGACGCCGUCAUCAAGCCGCUGCCGCGGGCGCUCUCCCUCGCGGGGGCGGCGGCCGCUGCGGCCGCGACGUCUCUCCUGCUCAUUUCCGCCGUCGUCUCCCGCGCCCGGGACGACUACGCUUCGCCUCCCCCGUCCACCAGCGCCUCCACCACCGCGGCGCUCCCCCCGGCGCCCGAACCCUCGCCGCAGCACCAUGAGCACCCCCACCCCCCGCCGCCGCCCGUCCCGCCCUGCCCGCCCAACGCCUCCCACCACACCCCCUGCCACGAACCUCCCUCCGGCGAGCGCCACUGCCCCCCGCACCCUCCGCCGCCUCAUCCUCCGCACCCGCCCGAGGACCCGCCGCCUCACCCUCCGCCCCCGCCUCCGCACUGUCGCGUCCCCCCCGCCCCCCGGGUACCACCCGCCCCCGCCGUGGCCCGCGCGGCGGGAGCGCGCGCGGUAUGCCAACACGGAUCUGCCACCACUCACCGUCGCCAAGCUGGCCGCCUCUCAGGACCCCGUGCACGCGCGCGGGGAGUGGCUGGUGUUCCCCAAGGGGGCGGGGAAUUACGUCGAGCAGCUUGAGCGCGUGGUGCCGCUCCGCGGCGGCGCGGUGCGAACGGCGCUCGACAUCGGUUGCGGAGUUGCGAGCUUUGGGGACUACCUGUUGAGCUAUGGCGUCCUGACCAUGUCCAUUGCUCCAAGGGAGAGACACGAUGCGCAUGUCCAGUUCGCCUUGGAGCGUGGACUGCCCGCGAUGAUUGGAGCGCUCAGCGCUCACAGGCUGCCUUAUCCUUCGAGGUCCUUCGACAUGGUGCACUGCGCUGACUGCCAUGUUUCAUGGACUGCUCAUGAUGGUCUGUAUAUGCUGGAAAUUGACCGUCUUCUCAGACCUGGUGGGUAUUGGGUUAUGUCUAGUCCACCCAUCAGCUGGAAAUCACCCUACAAGGGCCCCAACAAAACAAUCGAGAACCUUGAUGGUGAACAGUUAGCUACAGAAGAUACUGCAAAUAAGCUUUGUUGGGAAAAGGUGUCAGAUAAGGGCACAGUUUCUGUUUGGAGAAAGCCUAUUAAUCAUCUCCAUUGUGCCCAGGAAGCAGAGUUCUUGAAAUCACCACCACUCUGUACAGAAGAUGACCCAGAUAGUGCUUGGUAUGUAAAUAUUUCGAUGUGUAGAACUCAUCUUCCAAGAGUGGAACUUGUUGGUGAUGUUGCUGGCCGCCGCGUGGAGAAAUGGCCUCAAAGACUUGCUGCAGUGCCACCAAGAAUAGCCAAUGGGGAAAUUAAGGGGAUGUCCAUCCAGGCAUACAAACAUGACUGUUCAGUUUGGAGGAGAAGAGUUGAACUCUAUGGAACAUAUUUGAAAGAUUUAUCUCAUAGGAGUUACAGAAAUGUCAUGGACAUGAAUGCUGGUUUUGGUAGCUUUGCCGCUGCCAUGUUGAAAUACCCUGUUUGGGUCAUGAACGUGGUUCCUGCAAAUAUAACAGACAAUAACACCCUUGGUAUCAUCUAUGAGCGCGGCCUGAUUGGAACAUACAUGGACUGGUGUGAAGCUUUCUCUACUUAUCCACGUACAUAUGAUCUGAUACAUGCUAAUGGAGUAUUCAGCUUGUAUAUCGACAAGUGUGGUACCCUUGACAUACUGGUCGAGAUGGACCGAAUUCUCCGGCCAGGGGGCGCGGCAGUAAUCCGGGAUGCAGCUGAUGUUGUUCUGAAAGUGAAGGAGGCUGCUGAUCGCCUGCAAUGGCGCAGCCGGGUUGUCAACAUGGAGGAUGAGGGCCCAGAUCCUCAGAAGCUUCUCAUCGUGGACAAUUCGCUCCGACUGCCAGGGAGCUAGUACAAGAACUACAACGGCACCCGUUGACAGUACCAUGAUCUUAGCAGUUACCUGUACAGAGUACAGACGAAGAGCCCAAAGGCGAGGCUACACUUGCAGUUACAUGUGCAGAUAAGAUAAGCAAAUAACCCUGGCAAGGCUUGGUGCAUUGCCCCCCAGCAUGCAUGGUGUUGAGUAGUGUGGUGUAGCUGCUACCAACACCUACCCUGGCACUUUGUAAAUAUAAUGAACGUGCGUUUGUAUUAUAGAUGUACAUGUUUUUGUAGGAGUGAGGAGUUGGUCACUGGUCAGACCUGUUUGGAUUCCCGCAGUUUGCUCGUGAAGCAAUGUAUGGUUUCUGGAUAAAGGGAAGAGUAUAUUAAUAUUGAGAAGCAAUGUGAUGUUUUUUCAGUUA